AUGUCGGCAUUCCCAAACCCACCCCAUGAGCCCAAUGCUGCUGAAGUUCUCAUGAAUAUAUUGAGUUUCGGGUUCAGCCUACUAUCCCCCAACGACCAGCAAGACAAGAUUGAACAAAUCUCCAAAAAACUUGCUGCUGGAGUUGCUGAUGUCGAAAGACUUGAAGGGGAAACAGAGGAAGAUUUGAGAAGGAAACAAUUCGCUGAGCUGCUUAAUAAAGCUCCGGACUAUACACAAAAAGUUUUAUUCCAGGAGUUUAGACUCAAAUUCCACCGUGAAAGACGCUUGUGUGAGGCGAUUCUUUUGUUCAGGCAACUGGAUUCCAAUGAGCAACAAGAAACGAUUGAAAAACUGCUUGAUCGGUUCAUGAGGUGGAGAAGAGAAGAAGUCAAGAUGUCAUACCCGAGAGACUCUCUGAGGAAUGCGAGGAGGAUUUUAGGCUCAGAAGAUUUAUAA